UCCUGUUCAAAAACAAUAUCCUUGCAACACGGAAGUUCGCUCUGGGUGAGAUCGUAGUGUGGAGAGCCUCGACAGGGCUAAAAUGAGCCGGAGAUCCAAGCCAGCAGCCCGAGGGCAGCUGGAUAACAUGCCCUCCUGUCUCCUUGAGGAUCAUGAGAACCAGCAAGUGUUCGAACUCUUGGGCAGGAAAUGCAUGUCCAUGGUCACAGCUGUGGCCCAGCUCUUCUUGGCUUUGCCUCAAGACAGCAGAAAUUGGUCCAAGCAAGGCUCUGGGGUCCUGUGCUUUGUGAAGGAUAAUCCCAGGCGUUCAUACUUCAUCCGCUUCUAUGAUCUUAAGGAUAGGAAAAUGAUCUGGGAGCAGGAAUUGCUCAGCCAGCUGGUCUACCUUGCUCCCACCUCGUAUUUCCACACCUUUUCAGGAGAUGAGUGCAACGUGGGGCUAAACUUUGCCAACGAGAGCGAGGCACGUAGUUUUCAACAAAUGGUGGAAGAGAAGAUGCAGAAGAGGAAUCAGAAGAUGGAUAACAGACAACUGCCGCCACCACCACCUCCAGUCAACGGAGACAGAAGAUCAACUCUCCCGCGGUCCCCAUUGUCUGGGGUUGACUUGAAUGGGCCCAGUAUGCAUCCAAGCUCCCCUCCGGCUGCUUUGCCUUUGCCUACAGUUGACAUCCAGAAUCCAGACAUCACUUUUUCUCGCUACCGUGGGCUCCCUGUUCCUACCACAGUGGAUAAGAAGAAGGGGAAAAAGAAGAUUUCGAAGGCUGACAUUGGAGCUCCGAGUGGGUUCAAGCAUAUUCAGCACAUUGGAUGGGAUCCCAACAGUGGGUUUGAUGUUAAUAACUUAGACCCUGAUUUGAAGACCUUCUUCUCCCAGGCGGGAAUCAGUGAGGAUCAACUGACGGAUGUUGAGACUUCAAAGAUUAUCUAUGAUUUCAUUGAAGGACAAGGAGGGCUGGAGGCUGUGAAGGAAGAGCUGAGACGACAGGGUCCGAGUCAUCCCCCACCCCCACCUCCGAAUCGCUCAGGCCCCCGAAGCGGCCCUCUACCACCUGUCCCAGGCCCCCCAAUUCCAGGUGCCCCUCCCAUCGUAAACAGAGGACCCAUCCCCUCCCCUCCCCAGUUCUCUCAGGGGCAUUCCAGCUCUCGAUUUGGGGCAAAUCGUCCUCCACCGCCCCCAUCUGGGCCAGUCCCCCCACCCCCUCCCCCACCUCCCCCACCUCCCCCACCUCCCCCCAUGGGUUCUGCACCUUGUCCCCCUCUCCCUCUCCCCACUGGAGGGCCUCCGGCGGUGGUGCAGCCUGUUGCCCCUCCUUCCAUGGGGCGUGGCGCAUUACUGGAUCAGAUACGCCAAGGAGUGCAACUCAACAAGACGCCUGACGCCUUGGAUUUGCCACCACUUGCUCAGAGCUCUGAAGGCCUGGUAGGGGCUCUUAUGCAUGUGAUGCAGAAGAGGAGCAAGGUCAUCCACUCCUCAGACGAAGAUGAAGACAAUGGAGAUGAGGAUGAGGAUGAUGAGUGGGAUGACUGAGUCCAGAAGAAUACUGGCACAAAGCCUGAGCCUUCUAUCAACCUGUUGCCAUCUGAAUUGCUGUGGGCAUUUAAUCGGGCUGUUAUUCUCUUGUCGUUGCCUGCCCCCCACCCCCGGUUCUGCACACACAAGUUGUGUCUGGAUUCCAACAGAUGCAGGGGUAACUCUGCUUUAGUAAAGGCAGCAGAGGUUCAUUAUUUUCCCAUCCCUCCUCUCCAGCAUCACUUAGGCCUAAGCGUAAUCCUCAUUCUUGUCGCUCACCUGUGCAUCUGGAUGCCUUUGACAGUUUUAGAAUGCGAGGCUGUAAUCCUACCUCUUCCAAACCCUCAGUUUUGACAAUGCCUCUUAUAAUCUCCUGCUCUAACUUUUUAACAGCCAUAUCAUCUUUCGCCCAACCCCUUCAUCAUCCUUUCUUUCCCUUAGCCAUCUAAUCAUGUGUUGUUGUUGUUUUUAAGUGGUUCCCCUUUUGAGGCCAACUUGCAGGUAUGAAGAUGAUAGGAAUGUAAACCAGAACUCUUUCUUAUAAAAUAACCUGUGCAUUGUUAACUCACA